AUGAUACGACGACGCGAUGCGAAACGGACAGGAUCCUCCGCAGCAAAUUACAGUAGCCGCAGAGUAGUGCAGAAAAUGUAUUGUGCCUUAUUCUGCGGCGAAGGACAGACAUCGAUGUUCUACAGUAGAAGAAAGAUAUUUGUGGUCCUCAUCAACGAUAAUUCGACCGCGGGAAUUCUCGAGAUCGACUUGGCGGAUGUAGCUAGUGGGUUCAUGGUAACAAGUAGCGAUAAUGAUAGGAGAGAAGUGCUUGUAAAUGAGGGGAACAUGUCGAGAUGGUUCUUCAAUCACACUUGGGCAGCCGUGAGAAAUGUCUCAGUAGAUAGAUAG